AUGAUCCUGAAUCUCGUACUGGCUCACGCUCACUUUAGUCACGCUCGCGUCCGGCGCUAUAAAGAGCGCCUCACUUGUCCCUCCCAACGCCUUUUGAACCCUCGGUUGCCUGAAAAACGCGAGAAUGGCUUUCAGCUUCCCUCUGGCAGCAGCACUGGCUGUGAGGAGGGGGAGGACGAGGAGGGGGAGGACGAGGAGGAGGAGGAGGAGGAGGAGGAGGAGGAGGAGGAGGAGGAGGAGGAGGAGGAGGAGGAGGAGGAGGAGGAGGAGGAGGGGGAAGAAGAGGGGGAGGAGGAGGUGGGGAAGGAGGGGUGGAAGGAGGAGGAGAAGGAGGAGGAGGAGGAGGAGGAGGAGGAGGAGGAGGAGGAGGAGGAGGAGGAGGAGGAGGAGGAGGAGGAGGAGGAGGAGGAGGAGGAGGAGGAGGGACGGGAGGUGGCAACUGGAGCGGGCUGGUUAGUGGGGGAGGCGUAUUUGGACAGGCUCUUGCUGAGAGCGAGGUUGUACCUGUUGGCCUGGGUGAAGAGCAGGGCUGCGGGGGAGCGAGAAUAG